AUGAAUCCUCGUAUCUUUUCCUUUUUACUUUACGAGUCGUGGAAAUUACGACAAAAUAUUCUAACGUCCGGCGAAAAAAUUCCAAUUAAUGCUAGUCUCGCUCGCUUUCAAAAUAUAUCCUUUAACGGAUGGGACCACGCAAACUUUUCCACCGUGUCACAAGCGAAAAAAUUAGGGUGCGGUAAAGGCGUGGAAAGGAAUCUGCGUUCUGGGAUAUGCACAAUUCCUCCGAGAAUGGAUGAAAAAACACGCUCGACAGGGUCCACCUUCAAGAACAAUACAACUACGCCUGAGCCAGUCGAAGUUCCCGCGCCCUACUACGAGGUUCACAUUUUCCCGGAAGGUAAAAUCAAUCCAAAGACGAGCCUGCUUAGGUUUAAGUGGGGAGUUGGUCGUCUGAUGAUGGAGUCAACCAAUCCACCAAUAGUUAUUCCACUGUGGUUUAAAGGCCCCGAGGAAAUAAUGCCCGAAGGAAGGGGGAGUAAAUAUUGGAUACCUAUUUGCGGAAAGAAGGUCGUGAUCACAUAUGGGCAACCUAUUGACUUUAAAGAUACGCUAACAAAUUAUUAUGAAAGGAAAGUUGAAGAGAUUGUCACGCGGGUUGAAAUCACCGACACAAUCUUUCAGGCGAUAAAUGAACUGCAAAAAAAAACUCAUUCCUUGGAGGACGGACGGAACAAUGACUCAUGA